AAGAUUGUGUUUGGUCACCCUGGUCAGGGAUAAAGGGGAGAGGGGCACUAAGAGGCAGCGCAGAAGACCGCUGGUCUGUGCCUGCUGCUCCACCCCGCAGACCCAGACCCGGAGGAUGAGGCUCACCAUCCCUGCCCUGCUGGCCUGCGGGAUUCUCGGGCUGUGCCUGGCUGUCUCCGAGAAACCUGUGCGAUGGUGCACCGUCUCAGAUCAGGAGGACAGAAAGUGCACAGCUUUCAAAAAUCAAAAUGAUGAUUUGAAAAAGGGUCUUGACUGUGUGAGGAAGAGCUCCCACUAUGAGUGCAUUGAGGCCAUUGCGAACAAGGGAGCAGAUGCUGUGACAUUGGAUGGAGGUUUGGUGUUUGAUGCGGGCCAAGCCCCCUACAACCUGAAACCUGUGGUGGCAGAGUACUACGGGUCAAAAGAGAAUCCACAAACCAGCUAUUAUGCUGUGGCCGUGGUGAAGAAGGGCAGUGGCUUCCAGCUGAACCAGCUUCAAGGCAAGAAGUCCUGCCACACAGGCAUUAACAGGUCUGCUGGGUGGAAGAUCCCCAUGGGCACACUCUAUCCCGAAUUGUCUGAGCCACAGGAAGAUCUUCAGAAAGCAGCGGCCAAUUUCUUCGGGGGCAGCUGUGUCCCCGGUGUGGAUCCGAAUGCCUACCCCAAACUGUGUCAGCUGUGCGCUGGGAAAGGGAAAGACAAGUGUGCCUUCUCCCACCAUGAACCGUACUUUGGCUACUCGGGUGCCCUCAAGUGUUUGAUGGAUGGUGCUGGAGAAGUGGCCUUUGUCAAACACUUGACGGUAUUGGAUGAUCUUCCAAACCAGGCUGAGAGGGACCAGUAUGAGCUCCUCUGCAGGGACAACACCCGGAAGCCAGUAGAUAAAUAUGAGGAGUGCCACCUGGCCAUUGUCCCUUCCCAUGCUGUUGUGGCCCGAAGUGUAGAUGGCAAAGAGGACUUGAUCUGGGAGCUUCUCAACCAAGCCCAGGAACGUUAUGGCAGAGGCACAUCUGGAGACUUCCAGCUCUUCAGCUCUUCUGAGGGGAAAAACCUGUUGUUUAAGGACUCUACCCAAGGGUUUUUAAAGGUUCCCCCUAAGAUGGACGCCUGGAUGUACCUGGGAUAUGAGUAUGUCUCUGUAAUGAAGAAUCUGAAGGAAAAUACACGCCCGGAUCCCUCAACAGCUGGAUGCAAUACUGUGAAGUGGUGUGCAAUAGGCCACCAGGAAAGACUCAAGUGUGACGAGUGGAGUGUAAACAGUAAAGGGAAAGUAGCCUGUGAAUCAGCAGAGACCACCGAAGACUGUAUUGCCAUGAUCAUGAAAGGAGAAGCUGAUGCCAUGAGCUUGGAUGGAGGCUUCAUCUACAUCGCGGGCAAGUGUGGACUGGUGCCUGUCCUGGCAGAGAACUACAAAACUACCAGUAAUUGUGUGAACACACCAGAAAGAGGAUAUUUGGCUGUGGCUGUGGUUAAGUCAUCAUCAUCAGAGGACCUCACAUGGGAGACUCUACAAAACAAGAAGUCCUGUCACACUGCAGUAGAUAGAACUGCUGGCUGGAAUAUCCCCAUGGGCCUGAUCUACAACAGGCUCAAUCACUGUGAAUUUGAUAAAUUUUUCAGUCAAGGCUGUGCCCCUGGGUAUGCAAAAACCUCCAGUCUCUGUGCUCUGUGUAUUGGUUCAGCAAGUGUUCCAGGAAAGGAGUGUGAACCCAACAACAAUGAAAGAUACUAUGGCUACACAGGGGCUCUCAGGUGCCUGGUUGAAAGUGGAGACGUGGCCUUUGUGAAAGAAGAGACUGUCUUGCAGAACACUGGCGGGAAGAACACUGAAGACUGGGCUAAGAACCUAAAGCAGGAAGAUUUCAAGCUGCUGUGCCCUGAUGGCACCAGGAAGCCUGUGUCUGAGGCUGAGAACUGCCACCUAGCCCGAUCCCCAAAUCAUGGUGUGGUCUCAAGGCAAGAUAAGGCAGCUUGUGUUCGCCAGGUGCUACUUGAACAGCAGACCCUAUUUGGAAAAAAUGAAAAUGACUGCUUGAGCGACUUUUGUCUAUUCCAAUCUAAAACCAAGGACCUACUGUUCAAGGAUGACACAAAAUGUUUGGCCGAACUUCAGGAAAGAACAACGUAUGAAUCCUAUUUAGGAGCAGAGUAUGUCACGGCUGUGGGUAACCUGAAACAGUGCUCAACUUCAACUCCAAAGAACUACCACUCCCGUGAUGCUCCGCUUCAUACGUCUGCGCAGAGCGCAGGGACACGUAGCAUUUACGGUGCAGGAGACUACGCAGGCGUCUUCAGCAUGGCUUCCGCGGACUCCCGGCGAAUGGGGAACGAUGGUGGUGGUGCCGGGGGCGCCUUCCAGCCCUACCUGGACUCCUUGCGGCAGGAGCUGCAGCAGAGGGACCCGACGCUGGUGUCAGUCGUGGUGGCGCUUCUCGCGGUGCUGCUGACGCUGGUGAUCUGGAAGUUCAUCCGCAGCCGAAGGAGCAGUCAGAGAGCAGUUCUUCUUGUUGGCCUUUGUGACUCCGGGAAGACGUUGCUCUUUGUCAGAUUGUUAACAGGCCUUUACAGAGACACUCAGACUUCCAUCACUGACAGCUCUGCUCUGUACCGAGUCAACAAUUCCAGGGGCAGUAACCUGACCUUGAUUGACCUCCCUGGCCACGAAAGCUUGAGACUUCAGUUUUUAGAGCGGUUCAAGGCUUCAGCCCGGGCUGUUGUGUUUGUUGUGGAUAGUGCAGCCUUCCAGCGAGAGGUGAAGGAUGUGGCUGAGUUUCUGUAUCAAGUCCUCAUUGACAGCAUGAGUCUGAAGAACGCACCAUCAUUCUUAAUUGUCUGCAAUAAGCAAGACAUUACAAUGGCGAAAUCAGCAAAGUUAAUUCAGCAACAACUUGAGAAAGAACUCAACACUUUACGAGUCACCCGCUCUGCUGCCCCCAGCACACUGGACAGUUCCAGCGCAGCCCCUGCUCAGCUGGGAAAGAAAGGCAAAGAAUUUGAAUUCUCGCAGUUGCCCCUCAAAGUGGAGUUCGUGGAGUGUAGUGCCAAGGGUGGAAGAGGAGAUGCCAGCUCUGCUGACAUCCAGGACUUGGAGAAGUGGCUGGCUAAAAUCGCCUGAGGGGCAAACCCAGACACCCAGCUGGGAAUGUGUACGUGGUGAUGGACAGUUUUGGAAAAGGGUGUAGUUAGAAACAUUUCCUUGUACUGGAAACAAGUUAUUGUUGAAUUCCAGCCUGGAAUUUUUUUUAAAAGUCCAGUUCCCCUUAUGGCUUUCAAACUUGUCACUUUUAUUGACUCGUGUGCCUUCCCUUUGUUAAAGUGUAUGUGAUGUUUCGUUAGUGUAGCUAGAUGUGGGUCAAGGUUUUUGUCACCGUAACAAGCAGACUCCACAUAGAGAAGAUCAGGAGAACAUGGUUACCAUCUGAGAAGUUUUCUUUUGUGCUUUGGUUCCUUUUUCCUGGAAACAAACCUCUGUAUGGAACCAGUGAAUUUCCAAUUACCCUUGAGGUUCCUGGGCAGUAUAUCAUUUAGUCCUUUUGAACUCUCAGAUUUGUAUGUACAAUUACAAUAUGGUCUCCUGACAUGUGGAGACAGGUAUAAAACAGCAAGGCUGUAUUGACAGUGGUCUGUUCUUCAUCAGCUCAGUGACUUGUCCACACUCCACCCUCAUAGCACUUAAGUUUCCAAAAAAAAUGUCACAAACCCUUGGAAUUAAUCAUUUCCAGGUGAUAGAACUGUAAGUGCUAUUUCGCCAAAUGCCAGGGGUCUGGUGUGUUUUAGUGGUUCCCCCUAACGGGAGUAGAUCAGAUUUAGAAGUUCUGCUUUCUGUGAGGCUGAGGGCUCCUGAGCUAUCUUCCUGUGCUGUUGAUCAGCUCCUAUUGUAUACUCUUAGCUAGAAUGCUGUGGAACAAAUACAAAAUGAAAAAUGUUCUCUGGAUUUUUAACGUGCAUUUCACUGAUGUUAAAAAAAAAACAAACUUGGCCUUUUUAAAGUGAUAUUAUUUGCUGUCGUCUUAAAUGUAUGGCUUUUAUAAAUUAUUAAUACAUUCCUUGGUAAGUAAAACAGCCUUGUUUAGCUCAAAGCAA